AUGUCCGAUGUCAUUAUUAUUGGAGUCGUCGGCGGAUCGUUUCUCAUAUCGCUGAUUCUGAAUAUCUCGGCAUGGUUUAUUCUCUGGAGAGUCGUUGAUGUAAGUGUAUUCCUUUGUAAACUUUAUUCGGCCUUUGUCUUUUUUGUUUACGUAAAUUUUAAUUUUUUUGGAUUGUACGUCAUGGAUAAUAUAAUUUUUUCCCGGAUCAUACAGGAUAUGCUUUUAGUCAUAUGUUCGAAUGAAAUUAUGGAUUAACAAGCUGAAUUAUGGAAGACAGUUGUUGGAUGUGCGCACCUUGCCGAGGUUGGCGCUCCGUUUUUCCGCCGGUCUUGCUGGAUUCAGUAUGAAGGAUUUGGAGGACGAAAGGGAUACCGAAUUCAAGAGAUUCACACUCAGAGAGGUCAGUUUUGCUCUCUUGUUAUUAGACUAUACCAUACUCUGUCGGACAUUUUAUACGAUGAAACGUUUCAGAAAUUUUUGACUUUUAUCGUAUAAAAUGUCACCUGUUUGAGACAGUUAUGAUUUUAUAAGACGAAAAGUUUUAGUUUGCCUUCCUUGGUGGAUCCACUGAAGUUGACAAGUUCUUGCGCGAAAGUCUGACCCUCUUCGAAGCCCCGAAAGCCCAGGUCGACGUCUGUUCCAACUUCAACUGCAUCGGCGGCGGCGGACCCAAAGCCCAAGCUAAUAAGGAGGAAAUAAAGUCAGCCAUUGAACCUGAGGCAAACAAGAAGGGUGGCGAUGAUGUGAAAUCAGCUGUAGCGCCGGCUCCAGAAGAGGAGAAAAAGGUUGCCGAUCCUUUCAAAAGACCUGAAAAAAUGGGAAAAGCCGAAGCAAAAGAUCCACAAUAUCAGGUGAGAAUUGGAGAGAACAGAGUAGAGACUGUAGAAAUGAUAAUUUGAUAUCAUUUUAGACUCUUAUGGGACUCCAUAAUGACGUUUUUGACACCAAACCCACUGGUAUCGGUAUCAAGGCUCCAGAACACAAAGGAAAAGUUGAUGCCAAAGACCCACAAUAUCAGGUAGCGUGUUGUAAACCAUUCUUACCUGUUUUUAGACACUUGCCGGAUUGAUGAAUGACGAUCUCUUUGCCCCGAAAGGAGGGGCGAAAAAGAAGUUUAAGGCCCCAGGGGAUGUGAAGGUGGCCGAUGGAAAAGAUCCUCAAUAUAUGGUGAGUGGAUUGCUGUAAUAGAGAGAUGAUGGGCCAACAGUUGGUGUAAGUUGUUCUGCUUUUAGACUCUGGCCGGAAUGAACAACGACGAAGCCUUCAAAAAGGAAGAAAAGGAGGCCAAGGAGGAGAAGAAAAAAUUCAAGGCACCCACUGACGUGAAGGUCGCCGAUGGAAAAGAUCCUCAGUAUAUGGUGAGUGGAGUCACUAUUAGGAUUGGGAAUUAAAAUUACAUUGUUUUUUUUACUUGGAGGUUCAAUAAUUUAUAUUGUUUUAGACCCUGGCUGGUAUGAACAAUGACGACGCUUUCAAAAAGGAGGAGAACAAAGACGAGAAGAAGGACAAGAAAGAUGAGAAAGACAAGGAUAAGAAGGAUGAGAAGGAGAAGGACAAAAAAGAAGGGAAAGAGAAGGAGAAAUCAAAGCGCAGCAAGAGAAGUCAGAAGGAAAAGAAGUGA